CAUGCGAAGUUUAUCCUUGCCCCGCCCACCCCUAUUUCCCGCCCGCGGAUGGAACAGGCGGGCUUCACUUUUCUUUCGUUGAGCGCGGGGGGGAGGUACCAAUCUGUUUGCGGGGGUGAAGAAGGAGCAGACCUAUAGGGGAAAAAAAGAAAGACAGAAAAGAAAAAAAUAUUGAUUAAGGGCCUUUGGUUCAAGGAAGGAUUUGCAAAGACCUGUUGCUGAAGCAAUUGUGAAUCCGUCCCCUAGAAGCCAUGGGAAGGCCUAGGAAAACCUCUGCUGCCGUCUCAUCUCCACGACCUGCUGCCACGGCGCCCAAAGUAGCCCCGGCUGCCCCUCCGUCUUCCGCUUCCUCCAAGUCUAGUUCUGCAAGCCGGGGAACUAAGGCCAGCUCAGCUGCUAAAAGCGAAGGUGUCAGGCAGGGGGGAAAGCAAGCCUAUACCCCAAGUGUCAGAGGAACAGACCAAACUAGAUCCACAACUACAUACGGUGGGGAGCAAGGAGAUGGGUGGAGUAGCCGUGCCACAAGAGCCAAGACCUCCACGGCUGCUGGAGGAACCAGCUCUUCUUCCAAAGCUGCUGGUAGCACUCUGCAGGCAGCUCCCAAAACCCAAGGCAAAUCUGCUCAAACUCAAGGCAAAUCAUGUCACCUGCCACCACCGCUCUCCGCAGAAAAGGUGGUUGAAAUAGAGCAGAAGACCCGGGGUCAGCGGAACAACCCAGAAUGGUACCUGUGUAGGGAAAACCGCAUCACGGCCUCCGUGGCUUCCAAAAUUGCCAACAGCAAGUUUGCCAAUGGGCGGACCUCCGAAGUGCCUCAGUCGUACCUGAAAGAUGUGACGCGGUCCGGCCCCCGAGUUCAGACCCCAGCCAUGUCUUGGGGCAUCCGGAAUGAGAAGAAAGCCGUAGAGUCCUACGAAGCCCUCAAGUCCCGCGAGAGCCACAAGGCCGUGAAAGUGGACGACUGUGGCCUCUUCAUCGACAAAGAGAAGCCCUGGCUGGGCGCCAGCCCCGAUGGGAUUCUCAAGGAAGCCAAAACUGGCAAGGAGAUUGGGAUUGUGGAGGUCAAGUGUCCUUACAAGCACAGAGAUAAGACGGUGACAGAGGCCUGCAAGGACAAAGCCUUCUGCCUGGAGAAGAAGGGGGAUUCCUACUCACUGAAGAAGACCCAUCCCUAUUACACCCAGGUGCAGUGCCAGAUGGGAGUCACUGGCCAUGACAAAGCAGACCUUGUGGUUUACACCAACAAGGAGACUGCAAUUGCCCCGGUCGAUUUUGAUCCAGAUUUCUGGGAGAAUACAGUUCCCAAACUAGAGAAGUUCUACACCGAGGCUGUGGUCCCUCAUGUGCAGGAGAAAACUGUUGCUGCACGGGCUAAAGAAGAGUAAAGCUGCUAAGAGAGCCCAAAGUUUGGAAAUAGUUACUUGUUUGGACUACGACUCCCAGAACCUUCAGCCAGAAUACUGGGCAGUGUAGUUCAAAAUGUAAAAUCCCUAAGCUUUGAGGAAUCUGUAGAUCCUCUGUUUAGAAGAGAAGCCUUCAGCCUUGAACCUGAUCACCUUUCUGUGCCUUAAGAUGUCUUUGCAAAUAGUUCUAGAAAGCCUUACUUCUGCCUCCUGUAUUGCCAUAAUUUUCACUUGACCAUCGAAUUUGCAAGGAAAUUGCAUUAGAUGAUUAGUGACUGGGUUUCUUAUUUGUCCAUGGUGAAUGUGUCCACUGCACUUGUUGCUUCUGGAUGAGGCAAAGAUUUCCACAGUUGCCUUUCCGCUUAUCUAGCAGCAAAAGAUUCCUCCGAAAUUUAAAAUUCUUGCUAUUGUCAAAAAAAGAACAAGUGUAUGAUGUAGAGCUGUAGAUAUUUACUACUGAAUAGUAUAAUCCUUUUUUCACAUUGUAUACAUUUGAGCAGUUAUUUCUGAUGCUGUGAUAUGGUCUGAGAAAGUUGUACACUCCCAUUUGAGUACAGGAGAACUGCCAUCUUGCCUUCGGGAGGCGCCUUGAAGCUUAAUAAGCCUAAGCAUCCAUUUUUCAUAUUUACCAAACUAGCUUUAAAGAACUGCAGUUUUGUUUAGAUCCAAAGCUUAGUUUUUAGUUGCUUUGGAAAGAGGAUGUAGUGUGCCAACGAGUUAAAUUGUGGAGGACUAUUGUAUUUUUCCAUGGCUUCUGUUGUACAAAAUGAAGCAUAUAUCCCAAUUAAAAAUAUAUAUACUUUGGGCAA